AAAUAUUUUCCUCUGUUCCAGGACUGAUCCACGGAGCAAUUAUGAACAGCGGUACCGCACAGGCCGACUGGGCAAUCAACCGAAAUCCUGAUCAUGACUUGAAGGGCGUCGCAUCCAAGCUUCGAUGUUUAGGAAAAUACAACAACGCGACCGAUAACCAAGUGAUUGCCUCGUGUUUGAUGCGCCGGCCGGCCGCUGAUCUGUUGGAGGCACAUACCAGGCACUACGCCAAUGCAAACAUUAAAGCGGCAAGCCCAGUAAUUUCUCGCCCCGAUGAACCAGAAUCUACCAGAAUAGUGCCCGACGAGCCGAGUAUACUGGCCAAAGCUGCGAAAGACGUGCCCCUCUUGAUUGGAGUCACCAGACACGAGUCCAUGUGGAUGGUUAACAUUCUCGCUAAAUACAUCAAAACUACGUUCGUUCCUACAGAAACUUUCUACAGGACUUAUCUGUUUCCUAAGAUCUACUCUUUGACUGGAAUAAGAGAUGACAAGCUUCAUAUGGUGGAUUUAAUCUAUAAAAAGCAGUUCUUCUCUUACGCGUCACAUAAAGAUAUGGCCAACCUCACUGUCAUAGUUCCAGGAUUAGUGGACCUACUGUCCACGGUAACGAUGAAAAACCCAGCUGCCCAGGUGCCCAAAAACAAUACCCGUGUAAAGAACUACCUGUACUCGUUUGAGUACGAUGGACGCCUGCACGUUCCAGGCAACGGCAUUGGAGACAGUCCCAACAGCCUCUUCAAGAAAGGUACGCCGCACGGUGACGAUAUGGUGUACCUGACCCCCAAGCCUGACAUCAAAGAGCCCUUCAACAAGGAGGAGGUAGCCUUCUCCAAGAAGAUGGUCGACAUGUGGGCCAACUUCAUCAUCUCAGGCAACCCGAACGUGCCGAAAAAAGUCACCGAUCCGGAAUGGCCAAGGUACGAAUACUAUAAAGACAAGUUGUACUACAAGAUCGGCCGUGUGAACAAGGUCGGCACAGACUUCACCUCGGAGUUCUACACAGUCGUCAAUGACUUUGUCACUAACCCGAAGAAAUUCUAGAUUUUUUGGUGAUUAUAAUUGAAAUGCAUUUGGUGUAGCAAUAAUGUUUUUGUUUUAUUCGCAAAUGUAAACACAAGUUCAGCGAUUAUCAAAAAUAUUUUGGCUGUUAGUACGGGUCGAGGAAUAAUUGUGGUUUGACUUGUGUUCCGAUUUGAAUUUCAGUUUCUUUCUAGCAGCUAAUGCCAAGGCACUAUUAAUGAAUCAACUUAUCAACCUAACUCUGCAUAAAUGUGUGUUACGUUCUUUGCUUAACACGAUAUAAUUUCUACAAUAGACUCAAUCGCAAAAGCUGUAACGGAAUGUGGCGGCAGCGAUAAGCACGACUGCCGAUGGACGAAUAGCAUUAUAGUUCAUUCAUUAAAAAAAACAGACAGGUGGUCAGAGAGUUGUCGGAAGACGGAUUACCAACUAGUAGAUGAGGCACAGUAUAUUAUUUACAAACCAUGUACACACUCGUAAAACUAGCUCAAAUGUGAUCUUCUAGGCUAAGAAUACAGUUAAUAGACGGUUGCCGAAAAAGUGCAUUCUCAAGUCCGGCGGAUAAAAGGAUAAAAUUCCCGAUCAGGAAUAAUAGUUGUCUGACUGACAAAUAACUACAGUCCAGGAGGAAGAAAAUUGUCCGUGUCCAAAUUUAAAAAAUACUUCAAAAUCCGAAAUAUUACGCAGAA